UAACUCACGAUGAUCAUUUCCUACUAACUUCCAAAUUCUUAUCACCAACCCAUCCCUCUCUUUCUCAGAGAAACAUAAAACCAAUCAUAAUGGAGGUGCUUCGCGCGGAAUUCUGGAGGAAAAUUUGGAACUCGUGGGAGCUGAGAGCCAUGGUGGUGUUCACACUAGCGGUCCAAAUCGUACUCGUUUUCUUCGGCCAAAAGAGGAAGUCCAGCUACAAUCUCAAGCUCAGGAUCGCCGUCUGGUCUGCGUACCUGACUGCGGACUCCGUGGCCACCGUCGCCCUCGGAGUCCUCUCCAGCAAGCUUGGAGACGUGAACGAGAGAAAUGGCGGUCGCCUCGGUUACAACGACAAGUUGCUCGCGUUCUGGUCCCCACUGCUUCUGAUUCUCUUGGGUGGCCCUGACACAAUCACUUCCUAUUCUCUGGAGGACAAUGCACUCUGGCUCAGGCACUGCCUUGGCCUAGCGGUUCAAACGUCAGCCACAACAUAUAUCAUCUUCAUGGCCUGGACAAGCUCUUAUCUCUCCUACCUCUCAUCGGUAAUGGCAUUGGUUGGACUCGUCAAGUACGGGGAGAGAGUGUGCGCUCUUUGGAUGGCGAGCAACGACAUGCUCAAGCAGUCGAUGCUGGCCCCACCUGAUCCGAGCCCGAAUUACCCCCGCUUCAUGGAGGAGUACACUUUGAAGCAGGCCGAGGGGUAUUACGUUGUGGCUGACGAGGUGAUAGAGGUCCAAGUGCCGGAAGGUAUUCAUAGUAAUGGUGAUGAUCUGGCGGAUGAUUCUGAGGUCAUUGUGAAAUCCUAUGACCUGCUUCAGAUGUUCAAGUGCCUCUUUGUUGAGUUGAUACUCAGCCAUGAUGAGAGGAAUACUAGCAAGUUCAUAUUCAAGGCGAUCGAUCCUGUGAAAGCUUUUAGGAUCGUUGAGAUCGAGCUCGGGUUCAUCUACGAUUUGCUCCACACGAAGGCAAUGGUGCUUUACACCAAGUGGGGAAUCCGACUCCGCUUGUUCACUUUCUCGUCCACCCUGUUGGUGCUGGUGCUCUUCUCUUGGGCCAAGAAGUUGCACCUGUCGAGGGUCGAUCUUUACAUCACUUACUUGUUGCUGGCCGUCAUUGUUUUCUUGGAGACCUAUUCGAUUUUGAUGCUGGUUUCCUCAGAUUGGAGCAACAUUUGGUUGCGCAAGCACAACAAGAGCCGUGCCUUGAGACGUGCCGUGAACUUCGUAAGAUUGCCUAGACAACCUAGGUGGUCGCAUUCAAUUGCCCAAUUCAGCUUGCUCAGCUUUUGCACUAAGGAGAGGCCCUUGGUUUGCCACAAUGUGGUUGAGUUCUUGAAGAUCAAUGAGAAGCUAGAGAAGUAUCACUACACCCUCCAUGAAGAUGUGUCCGACGAGAUUAGAAAUUGGAUCUUCAAACAUGUCAAGGACGAAUUUCUUGACGUGGAGGAGCGCCACGCGCCGGUUCCCAUAGAUAUUCACGAAUCUCUUGCUAAGCUACUCAAGGAUUAUCUCCUCGAUCAAGUCACGUGGAGCACCAAAGGAGAACUAGACCAGAUUGUCCUAAAUUGGCACAUCGCCACCGAACUAUCGUACUACUCGGAUCUAUCGUACUACUCGGAUCGAGAGAAAGGGUGGAACGAAUCCAAACUCCCUCAUUUUCGGACGAGCUUCCUUCUGUCCAGGUACAUGUUUUAUCUUCUGGUCAUGUACCCUUCUAUGCUACCUAGUGGAAUCGGAGAAAUAAGGCUCCGUGACACUUUCGCCGAGGCCUUCAACUUCUUCAAGGAUCACCGAAUACCCAAUUCCGGAUCUAAUCAACAGCCCUAUCGGUGGAUGAAAAAUUUAAUGAAUGAUAGAGGGAAUAGAAAUGAAAAUAACCCGCAUCUUCAGCGAGCUACCAAAAUGCUGCUAGAGGUGAGCACUGAGGUUCCACCAAGUAAAGUGAAGGGCGGAAAGAGCAAGUCGGUGUUGUUCGAUGGAUGCAUGAUCGUGGCGGCGAUCAGAGAUAGAGAAACAAGCAUAAAGUGGGAAACGAUCGGGGAGUUCUGGGUGAAGAUAUUGAUGUACGCCGCGAGCCAAUGUAGAGGGGAUCGUCAUGCUGGGCAGCUCAGGCGAGGGGGAGAGCUUCUAACCCAUGUUUGGCUGAUGAUGGCUCAUUUUGGCCUAACUGAUCAUUUCAAGAUGACGCAAGGCCAGGCCAUUGCUAAGCUCAUAUUGAGAUAAGCCUUCGUCCGAGUUAUGACAAAUACUUAUUCGGGUUUGGUCCAUCUCGAUCGUCAUUGAACAAAGCCUUGCAGAAAAAAAAAACAACAAAGUUAUAUCUUUACUUCGUACACUUUUAUCACAUAAAGGUGAGGUGAUCGGUCUAUGUUACAUGGUAUUUAGUGGUUGAUGCGAGCCAAUUCAGUUACUGAUCUAAGUUUUUAGAAGGUAUUAAAUAUAUGUCUUGCGUUUGAGCCUGUAAAGGAAAUUUUUCUAAUUUCAGUAUGUUUCCUUUUUUGAGUAGUUUGGAUCUAAUUCCAGUCUCUAUGAAAGCAGUGCGUCUUC